AUGCGAUGCGCGAACAAGGCCGCCGAGAGCGCGUCUGCACGUCUCUGUGCGGACGCCGAAGCAGAAACAACAGCAACUGAUGUCUCAUCGGUUGCUGAAGCGACCCAGCCUGUGUCACUUGGUGAUGCAGGCGCUGGUCAUGAAGACACUCAUGUCUUCACAGAGUACGAGCUCGGUGUCUCAUACUCUCCUGAUACGGAUGACGGAUCCGUAUCGACGGCGAUUGAAUCUAAGCCGCCUGCCAAGCGUGGCAUGGACGAUGCUUUGCGUCGCAGCAUCUUUGGUUCAUCUGAUGAAUCAGAUGAACCAUCGCCGAAGCGAAGGCGCUCGAGGUCGCGAGACUCGGGCGCCAACAGUGGUGUCGGUUCUCCUGUUGACACCACUUCGCAACGAGGUGCCAGUACUUCCGUCGGCACGUCGCAAGAGGAGCGGGACCGCAGUGUGUUGCGUCUCGCUCCAGAAAAGAAGGCAUGGAUGCCUCCAAAAUCCGUCAUGGAUCACUUGUCGGCGACGACAAGCGAUCGUUAUCGAACACGAUUGUUCGAUUCGUCAAGGAUCCAUCACCUUGACCCCAGCGCGAAAAACUAUCGCGCUGAACAUGAAUUCUUCAUCGAUGCUUUCUUUAGACAUCGAUGGUACAGUGGGAAUCACAAACGUGAUGGUCCCUCUCUACUUCAGGCGUGGAACGCCUACAUCCAUAACCUCGAGGAUGUAGGUCGUGACGCUUGGAACGACAAACUUAUCAAAGCUCGUGAUAAGUUUGAAAAGCGAACCCCGACUGGGGCACGCUACAAUCUGCAUCGUCUGUCUAAGGAGGGGAUUGACAACCUGAAAUCCCUUUACGACCGUGCCGGGAAGACUUUCUCCGGCGGUCCUUCUGCGGCACAGGAUGUGCCGCGUCGUACUACUCAACCAGACCCAGUACUUCGAUCAUCAGUUGGGAGCGGGGCUCCCAAGAAUCCCAGGACGGGGGAUAGCCGCGCCACCGGACGAGAUAACUCGUCCGACGUCCGUUCACGUCGCGGUGGUUCAACAGCUGCUAAACUGGAUAGCGCUGGCCACCGCGAGAGUCCUCUAAUGGAGGUGGAGGAGGAGGAAAGACGCUCUCCACACGAUCAUGUGGAUCGGUGUGUUCCCGAGAGCUUCUUUGAUCGCGUAACGCAAGGGUUAUGCGACGAUCUCGAACAUGAGCGGAAUAGGCGUCUCCAAAUGGCGGAUACUGCCUCGAAGCAUCGAGCUUAG